UUCUUGAUAGACUUUGAUUUAGAGUUGGUUCCCAAUUGCAGGCUCACGGUCGAAGGACUGCGAGAAGUGGAACAAAAAGAUAUUCAAAUCAGACUCCAAGAGCUGUUUCGAGACUGACGAAAUACCUUGGAUACCACCAAAAAGAGCAUGGAAUCUCAUUACGAGCACAUGCUUCAGGAAACCUCUACCGAGAUGACCGAAUUGGAGGCCUCAAUCCGCGGGAAGCAACAACUGAUGGACAAGAUCCAAGAGGAGAUCCUUUCCAUGACAGUCAAAAAGGAGCUCCUCUCUAGUGGCAUCAACAAGAUUAAUCAUCGCCAUCAAGAACGCUCCGAGCAGAUCGAUGUGCAGCAAAAAGAGAUCGACCAAAAGAUGAGCCAAUUUGCCGUUCUGGCGCCUCCUCCUUGUACAAGGAAGUCCAGCUUGAAAUAUUUAUCUGCCAGCUUCUCGGCAAAACGACAACGAAUCACCGGAUUCAAGUACAACUUGGAACAAUGGGGACAAUGAGUCAGGAGAGGCUUACAGGUGGAACAGAUGAUGCGUCCUUCCUCACAUUGUUAAAUCGGAGGACGAGAGAUGUCCAUGCAAAUGGGACACUCCAAUUCCUGCUCGAGUUCCUUGAGCUCGGUUUCGCUCAUUUGUUGAAUGGACUUCUUGCUGUUUCGACAAAUUUUCAUUCUGGUGGUUUUUACUAGUUUUGGUGUCCUGACCCACCUGGGACGACCAGAUUUUGGCCUGUUCUCAACACUGUUGAACUGUUUGAACCUUUUAAUAGUAUAUGACAUAGUUGAUUUUGACACUUUCAUGACUUCCAAAGUCUUUGCAAUCUUCCUGCAACUGUGGCCUUCCUUAUAAAGUUUUAUGAUGGCCUCGCGUUUUUCUAUUUUGCGACAAAUCUAGACACUAUACAAAUCACAAAGUCAACAUAAACAA